CACAAUUCAUCCUCCGCCAGAUCAGAUCGACUCCCUCUCUUCCAAUCCAUCCCAGACCUGACCAAUCCUCCAAAGCCAUCAUGCCGUACCUCCCCACCCCCCAGGCCUACCUGGAACAGUCCGCCUUAUUACUCGAAGCCUACCCAGACACUACCCGAAUCACAACAAAAUACAGCUUCCCCUCGCACAAGCCGAAAACCACAUCCACGACAGACGCUGCACCCACCGAAUCUCAACCGCAGACCUCGACGCCAGUCGCUACGCUGACGUUGAAAACGUUCAACCCCUCCGCCGGACUAUGUCUGAAGUAUCGCACCAACAAGGCUGCCGAGGUCGGUCGCUUGAUUACUAGUCUGGGGAAGCUGGCCGGCGGCGCAGAUGUGGCUAGUUUGGGACUGGGCGCUGCGGCGGCGGCUCCGGCCGCUGAUGUCGAGAUGGCAGAUGCUCCUGAGGAGGGGACGGCUACGCCGACGACUGCUGCUGCUAACGCUGCCGCUGCGGGUGCGGCGAAGACGGAGUCGAAUAAUAAGGGUGGGAAAUCGAAGAAGAAGGGUGGGAAAGGAAAGAGGUGAAGAGUGGUUUUGUUGGAAUGAGUACGAAUAUGAUAUCAAUCUUUGCGGUGAUGAGAUUCGGGAGCAAGCUCUUAGAUAUGGGCAUAGAUACCUGGGGCCUGAGGUAGCGCACACCUGGACGGGAUAUCGGAUGACGACUUUGGUGAUCGACACUCUCGGGGCGGUUUAUUGGGGAUGAAAAAGUGCGCCAGCAUCUUUGCUUUUUUGCCCUUGGUCUCUGUUAACUGUGCGCGGGGACUGUGCUGGGCUGGCUUCUCCGUCUGAUGAUCUGGGUCUGAAUAUCGCCUAGGAGCCAAUAUUGGUAGACGACACUUGAUGAUGUAUGUCUUGUACAUAAAAACAAAUGACUUGUCAUGUCUAU